AUGAAGCACGCUCGACUAUUGUGCACGCCUAUUGUAUUAGCGCUCCUUUGUGCAGUUCCUAGAGUCGCUGCGGAUAUCGGAGAUAACCCAGGGGUCCCAGUUACAGUUAAAUCGCCAAAUGAAUCACCGAAUUCAUGCUGCAAUGACUGGUUUGGAUGGGGCCCCUUCAGAAUCGGUGACCCCCAGACGUGGUAUUGGGGAUGGAGGUACUGUUGUAUACUCGGAUCCGAUCCUAAUCACGGCCAUGGCUGCGAUAAAUCAAAACCUUUUAAUAUUGGUCGCGGGGGGCUGAGUGUAUAUGUUGGAGGUAAUUGUGGUGAUCAGGCCAAUGGUCACUGGCGGUUCACAGUCUCAGCAGACCAGAAUCCACCUUAA